AUGCUUCUCCGCUGCCUACUCGCCCUGGGGGCGCUGUCCUCCGUCACUCUCGCCCACCCGGAGCCCGCCGCCGACCUGUCACUCCCGCCGCUGCCCCCGAACACUGCCGUUGCUGCCUUCCCGACGCCUGCCCUUGGGGACAUGAGCCAGAAGCCCAAACGCUAUCACCACGAAUGGAUUCUCCAGAAGCGCGCCACCACCACCGCUGACACGGCCACUACCACCUCGGACGACACCACCACCACCUCCACGACCGAGGCUACUUCGACGACCGAGUCCACCACCGCCGCGGCCACCACCACGACCAGCGAGUCGACCACAUCCACCACAUCCACCACAUCAGCCACCUCGGCCUCGACCUCGAGCACGUCCACUGCCACUGCCACCACCUCAACCUCCUCCGCAACCACCACCUCCGCCUCUACCUCCACCACCUCUUCCACGACGACCACCUCCACUGCCUCCACCACCUCAUCCACCAGCACCGCCACCAGCACCGUCUCCGCCAAGCAGCGUGCCCGCGACCGCCGCGGCGAGAUCGCCGCCAUCAUCGUCUUCGGCAGCCUGAUCAUCGUGUUCGUCGCGCUGACCUGCUUCCUCUGCAUGCGCGAGAACCGCAAGGCCCGCCGCAUCGCCGCCCACAAGGCCGCCCUCGACGCCGGCUCCGACUACUCCAUGGUGCCGCUGGCCGAGAAUGGCGCGACCCCGCGCCCGCAAAGCGUCGCUACCAAGUUCGACCGCGCCUCCAUGAUGUUCGCCACGCAUUCCGUCGACUCCGUCGUCUACUCCGGGCAAGACAAUGCCCGGCCCAUGACCCGACCUACCUCCAUGGCCGCCAGCGAGACACUCAGCCGGGGCCCGGCGCCGGGGACGCCCACCGCUGAACAGCAGAUGCAUCAUGUCUGA